GCAAGAGCUCGUGAGGCACCGCGGAAAUGGCUGUUGCAGAAGCCGUGUUCCCGCCCGCCAACCUCACCUCCAGCAACCAGAGCAGCUGCAACGUGCACAACCACCACUUCUCCGCCAAAGUCACCUUCUCCCUUUUUUACACCACCCUGCUGGUGUUCGGCGCCUGCGGGAACAUCCUGGCCCUUUGCAUCACCUUCCAGCGCAGGAAGAAGAAACUCAACUCCACCGACCUCUACCUGGUUAACCUGGCCCUCUCCGAUGCCCUUUUCACCCUGGCACUGCCGGGCAGGAUCGCCUACUACAUCCUGGAAUUUGACUGGCCCUUCGGCGACUGGUUCUGUCGGGCCACAGCCUUCAUUUUCUACAUGAACACCUAUGUGGGCAUCUACUUCAUGACCUGCGUAAGUGUGGACCGCUACAUCGCUGUGGUGCGCACCAGGCACCCCGGCAGGAUCCGGAAGAUGAGCCGUGCCAGGGGCGUCUGCGUCCUCAUCUGGUCCUUGGUGUUCCUGCAGACGGCGCCACUGCUUCUGCGGCCCAUGACGCGGAGGAUGGGGGACAAGCUGACGUGCAUGGAGUACUUCAACUUCGAAGAGAUUCCCAAGUUGCCCUACCUGCUCCUGGGCGCCUGCGUACUCGGCUUCUUCCUGCCUGUGGGCAUCAUCUUUGUGUGUUAUGUGAGGAUCAACCUCAAGCUCUGCCAGACAGCCAAAGAGAACCCGUUGACGGUGAAGAAUGGACACCACCGCCGGGCCUUCACCGUCAUCCUGGUGGUGCUGCUGGCCGUCCUGCUCUGCUUCAGCCCCUACCACCUCAACAUCGUCCAGUUCAUGGUCAGGAAAAUUCUCUACCAGCCGUCCUGCCGUGAGCAGCAAGCCUUCAAGAUGUCCCUGCAAGUCACCGUGGCAUUCAUGAAUCUCAACUGCUGCAUUGACCCCAUUAUCUACUUCUUUGCCUUCCGGGGCUACAAGCGGAGGCUGCUCCGCAUUUUCAGGAACAGUGGCUCGAUGGCCACCUCCUCUACUGCCAAGACCCACUCUGAGAGCAACAGCAACAGCCAGCCACCUGGCUCUGUCUCUGUCUAGCAGUGCAGCCCCCUCCCUUUCGCUCUGGCCUGCAGCUUAAGGACCAUCCCCAACGGGCAGGAGCCAGAGCCGGGCUGCAGAGCAGGACCAGCACCUCCAUUAGGCUUCACCAGUCUCCUGCCUGGAGCCAGGGGCUAUUGCAAAGCCAACCCAGCCAGGACAGAGCCCUGCCUGGCUCCGCAUGCCUGGCUCUGUGCUCUACACUGCUGGACCUGCUGUCCUGGAGCACGGACAAGCCUGUUUUCACCCCAAGCCUACAGAAGGCAGCUUGUGCAACUGCUCUGGCUGGCAAAUGCAGCUGGGGGUUUCCCAGCACUGCACCACACUGCCCUCCCACGCCUGUCCUGCAUUCCUUGUGGGGCCAGUGGCUGCCGGUAACCACCAUUGCUGUCCCUGCCUCUCUGUCCCCGUCCCCUGCACUGCCCCUGUGGGACUUGGGAUGGCUGGCAUGGAGCGCACAGACUCAGAAUAUUUCAGGAACAGGCUAGAAUGUUACUUCCAGGAAGAAAGUAACUUACAGCUCCUUUCCUGCACCGAAAAGUGGCAGCUCUGCUCUCCCCCUGCCCAGAGUCCCAUUCCUGCACCUGGGCACCGCAUGGGGUGAGCAGUAAGCAUGGGGUGCGUGGGAGCUGCCAGUAAAGACCUUCCUCAAGGGAGAGGGGCGAGGAUGUGAAUUUGCAGAGCUCCUGGGAGUGCCGCUGCCUGUGUCUGCUCCUUCCCCAGGUGCCCUUCCUCAAAGCUGUCAGCUCUGCAGUCGCCGGAGCAGUCGCCAGGAAGGGAACGCAGGGGCUGGCCUGGCUCGCAGCUCAGCUAAGGCUGCAAACCCACCCUGAGGGAACUCACCGGGGAAACCUUUCCACUCCUUUGCUUGAAGGGAGUGGAGGAAAGGGGACAAGGGGAGGAGGACUGAGGGUGACCUUGAGUGACCUUUGCUUGAACCCAGCGCCCUGAUGAGUCCGAAAGCUUUGCUAAGGGCAGGUUAUAUGUGAGGAUUGCCAGAGCGAGAGGAGGAGCCUUGAGAUAUCAGGUUCCCGUCAGCAUUUGAGUCCAUGUGACGAUGAGGUCGGCAGGAGCAAGGACCUCCUUGGCUCUUCUCUGAAGUUGCUGGACUACAGGUAAAGAAGACACACAUGGGAUUUCACAGUUCCUGUGAUGGCUGGUCUCAUGUUUGAGGCUGGAAGGGACAGAGACACGCACAGAGACAUGAAGAGUAGAAAAUGCAGCUUUAUUUUGCUGAGAAGUAAAACUGAAGAAGUUUCAUGACCGGACACUUUUGAUUAUUACAAAUCAUUCUUUAAGGUAAUAACCUUUUCUUUAUGGCUACAAAGUUGAUAAUAGUCUCAAAUACAGCCCUUUAUUGUUUAAAUGUGCACAAAUGAGCUUUUGGAUGAUGAUGGCUUUACUUAUGGUAUGGGUAACUGUGACAUGCUGAAGGCUGGCUAAGAGGGAUGCCUAAAAUAAUUCAGGUGGGAAAGGGACUCCAGGAGGUCCUUUCAGGAGGUUGUCUGAGCCCUACACAAAGCAGGUGUAACCUCAGCGCUGGCCUGAAGAGAGCCUCUGUCCUAAAAAGCAUGUUACAAUGGACAGGGAAGGGCUGGUAUGGAAUAAUAUAAGGAUAUCAAUGGUCUGAACACCCUAAAGGAUCCUGGCGAGGCUGGUAGUUGCUGCACAGUUCUGGCGCACUGUUAACUUAUCAAAGAAGUGUUGGCUGGAAGGGACCUCUCUGCAUCGCCUCGCCCAACAGCCUACUCAAAGCAGGACCACGGCCGGCAUGAUGCCAGGCUGGCCGUGGCUUCAUCUAGCCGACACUUGGAAACGCCAGGCAAGGAGGCUCUUCCCGCCGAGGUGACGGUUCCCGUGCUGCAGCACCCGCCGGAUGAAAACAUUUUCCCCACUCUCCAGUCUGAACGUCGCCAUCCACAGCUGGUGGCUGUCGCCCCCGAUGUCACCUGCUUGCGCUAAGAAGGGCUUGGCUCUGUCACCUUUGUAACACAAAUUCCUGUACGACUGUGGCAGGGGCUGCCAGGAGAACCGUGGUUUGGAGCUAUUGGUCUCAGCGAGCCUCCACACGAACGCCGGAGCACAGGUCUGCAGCGGUGGCCAACCCUCCUUCUCAAAGCCCGGAGGUGUUUUGCCAGGCUGAAGCCUAUGCCAGAGGCAAAGGCAAAUCUGUGACAAAGCCUUCUCAGGAAAAGGCAGAGCACGAACAGAGCCUCGUUUGUUCUUUAUUGGGCUCUAUUUUUCUCCAAAGUAUUUUAGUAAUAAAGGUAUUCCCACCUUUCAUGCUCUUGCACCAGCACUGGCACCCCCGCCAUGUGAAACGCCGCCGGAGCCCCCUCCCCAGCUGCUGCCAUGGGUGGGGGGGACCCAUGGGCGCCCCCUGCGGGGUGCAGCGCCCACCCAGGACCCCCGUGGGGCGGGUGGCUCCGCGCAGCCCACGCAGCGCUGCUCUGCCCGAAAGGAGAGGGGCAGCACCGGCUCCCGCCGAAAGAGGGAGUCGAAACCUUUACUUAAGGUUAAAAAAUACU